AUGGAUGAGCCCGAUGGCGGUUGUUCCUGGCAAGCAUGGAAAUUUGGGAUGAAGAGGGAUGACCUCUACACCAAACUUCAAGAUCAGUACAACACCGUGACUCUGUCCAUACAGGACCCCGACGCAUUCCAACACGAUGUCUGCGAGAUCUCCAAGACGGCUGUCGAUGUCGACGAGUUUCAUCGCAUGCUCGAGGAGCGCAAGGAAUUUCGACUCAAUCAGCUGAACGAGAGUCUUCAAUCGGCAUCGGUCGAAAUCAUUGCAAACCCCAACCUCAUUGGUACUGACCAGUGGCAGCAUGCUAUACAGCUCUUCCGUACUCGGUCCUUCGACUCACUCGUCAGGUACUUCGCGUCAUAUCUUCCCGACGAUCACCCCUGGAACACAAUUCCUCAGGACCCGAGCACGAAACCAUUCUUCGAUGAGGUAGAUGAUCCUACCCCAAUGCUUACCCGGGAACCUAUGUUCUUCAUAAGCGAUACCCCGAACGGUUUGAUUCCAGCAAGUCAUCUUCCACCAUCUCCCCGAUCUCUAACGAUGUGCUCGGACUCGUCCAGCGCUUCCACACCCGCCAGAACACUCUCGUUCUCGGAACCAGAAUCAGAUGACAUGACGCUCUCAACUACCCUGAUUAGGGAGUAUGACGACGAAACGUCUCAAUGGGACGAUCCGGACACACCAACCACGCCGAUAUCUGAAAUGUCUGAUAUAGCGCCGUUGGAAUAUUCCAUGAACAAUAAGCAUAGCAACAUUCCUUACCAUGAUACCCAUGAAGUAUCUAAGACUUCCGCCUCAUUGUCCUCUGAGGUUAUAGAGGAUAGUGCGCAUGAAUCCGAGACGCCAACGCCUCGCGAAGUGGCCAGAGAUACGUAUUUAUCAGAUGAAAAGUCAACGACUUCGUUGGCAAGGACAUUGACGUCGAUGUCACCGUCGUCUAAAUAUACCCCAUUAGAAAGAAGGCUUCGCGAAGGGAGCCCAGGCUCGAUCCGAGCACGACGGAGGAGUCCAGAAAUCGGACGCAUACAGAAACCUUCCCAUGACCCUAUACGCGCAAGGCCAAAAAGCCUCAAAAGUUAG